AUAAAUUGUCCAUGGCAUAAUGGUAGGGUUUCAUCGUUUCGUUGAUUUCGUUGACCGAUUCACUUGUAUAGAUUGUUUUGUUUUGUGAUUAAUUUAAUAAAAACGAUCAAGUUUUACAUUUAUCAUGAUUUCGUUUAAAGUGUCGAGUGUUAUUAUAGUUGCGAAACGUAACGAUUUGAUCGACGUUUUGUGAUCCUCAAGCAAUACUAAAGUGAUAUUUUCCCACAUAAUUAUGGUUAACUGACGUUAGACUGUGCAUCCUCAAUUAUGGCAGAGCCAGGUUAUUACCACAGUGAUUACGUUCGACACCCAGUUCUCCACGAACUCGGCGUGAAGUAUGGAAUUAAAACGGAGUGUAUUCCAGAAAUAGCACUGCCGUCUAAGUUGGAGGAGCUCAAAGAUGUCAUACGUAGAGAAAUACGUAAAGAACUUAAAAUAAAAGAAGGUGCUGAGAAAUUACGGGAGGUGGCCACAGACAGGAGAUCACUCUCCGAUGUUGCCAAUAUCGUGAAAAAAGCUAAUAUAAAGCUUAAUGAACUUAAGUCAGACCUCCAAGAACUGGAGUCUCAGCUUCUUUUGUCUCGUGGUCAGUCUACUCCUACUUCACCAGAAGAUCUCUCUUAUGAUGAGGAGAUUAUUCUGGCUUCAGAAGCUGCUCAGCAGCAAAGGCAGCUGGGUGAAGCAACAACAGACAGAAAGUUGGCAUCACUUGAAAAACAGUUGAACAUUGAGCUCAAAGUUAAGCAAGGAGCUGAAAAUAUGAUACAAAGUAUCAGUAGCAGCAAUCAAUCCAGAGAUAAAAAAUUACUUGCUGAAGCUCACCAAAUGCUAGCAGAUUCUAAAGACAAGAUUGAAUAUUUAAAACUACGUAUUUCUAAACUAACCAAACAACAAAAAGGAGAUAAUGCAGGAUCUAAUGGUGAUGGUAAAAGUUCUGAAAGUGGCGUAGCUGCUUUACUAGAUGAGAGAAUAGCUGAAUUGAGGAACCGUCUCAGGAUUGAGGCAGCCGUGGUGGAAGGCUCUAAAAAUGCCAUAAGACUUUUACAAAGUGACAAGAAAGUAACAGAUAAAAAAGCUUUACAAGAAGCCCAAACUAACCUUUUAGAAUCAUCACAGAAAUUAGAUUUACUACGCAGAUCCUUAGAUAUGCGCAGGCAGGAGCUUCCUAGUGAAAGCCCUGCAUUUAUAGAAUUAGGACACGAACUGCGCAGUACAGCCUCAAGCCCUGGGUAUGUGAGUUUAUCUGGCAGUAGUGGGUCUAGAGCACAGUUUUUAUCUCCAGCUCCUUUGAUCAACCCUUGUGUUCAAGUGACUGGUACAUUAGAAGUUAGAUUGAUGGGUUGUCAAGAUUUACUUGAAGAUGUUCCUGGUAGAAGUCGACGUGAUCCUACCGCUAGCCCUUCAGACUUAAAAUCAUUUGUCAAGGGGGUUACAAUUCGUAAUUCUAUGAAGUACACAUACAGCAUUAAGGAAGACACAAGCAAUGAGAUAAUGGCAGUUUUAAAACUUGACAACCACCAUGUUGCACAGACCAGUUGGAGACCAUGUUCACAACAAGCAUGGGAUCAAAGAUUCACCAUCAAGCUAGACAAAUCAAGAGAACUUGAAAUUGGUAUUCAUUGGAAAGAUUGGCGCGGUUUGUGUGCUGUGAAAGUUUUAAGAUUGGAAGAAUUUAUUGAUGAUAUAAGACAUGGAAUGGCACUGGAACUGGAGCCACAAGGCUUACUUUUUGCUGAAAUUAAGUUCCUUAAUCCCAUUAUUUCUCGAAAACCUAAGUUACAGCGACAAAGAAAGAUUAUCAAGCAACAAGGCAAGAAUAUACCAAGACCUUCAUAUGGAGAAAUGCACAUUCCUGCUGUUGUACUAGGCAGACUUCUGAAACGCUCAUCUCCAUCUAUCCAAAACAUUCAGACUGCUCACAUAAGCCAAGCUCAACAACAUAGUUUCGAAUCAGCUUCUAUUGAUAACAGAGACAUUGAAAAUCCUAAUGUAACUUUAGGUGGUAUGGCAGGUAUUAGACCCUUGGGUUUACCUUCUACGCCUCUUGCACCACAAAUGCCAAGGACACCCCCUCCUCAGCCCACAUUGCCUGUUCAACCACCUCCCAAUGUUUCUACUUUGAGAAUGGAGAAAGAACUCCAGGAAGCAUUUGCAUUUUUAGAAGAUUCUUAUACAAGGGAUAACUAUGUCACAAAAGAACCACAGACUCCAUCUUGUGAUACACCAUUAGUGGAGUAUCCACCAUCACCAUCACCUAAAUUGGUUCUAGAAUUCCCAAGUAAUGAAGAUCAAAUAGUUGAGAUUACUAGUAAUAUGAGAAUAUCAUCUUCCCGUUCAUCAUCUGUAAUAGAUACUUUAGGUAAAGAACAGGAUACCAGAAGGCAAUCUGGCGAAAUGUCUAUGGACAGUUUUAGAUUGUUAAGUGUUCUUGGAAGAGGGCACUUUGGUAAAGUAAUUCUUGCUCAAUACAAACCAACUAAUGAAUAUUUCGCAAUAAAAGCUUUAAAGAAGGGUGAUAUAAUAGCCAGGGACGAAGUAGAUUCAUUACUAUCUGAAAAGAGAAUCUUUGAGGUAGCUAAUGCAAUUAGACAUCCAUUUUUGGUAAACUUAUUUGCAUGUUUCCAAACUGAGCAACAUGUGUGUUUUGUUAUGGAAUAUGCAGCAGGGGGUGAUCUAAUGAUGCAUAUACAUGCUGAUGUGUUCACUGAACCUAGAGCAGUUUUUUAUGCAGCCUGUGUAGUAUUAGGCCUACAGUAUUUACAUGAAAAUAACAUUAUAUAUAGAGAUUUAAAGCUAGAUAAUUUACUGUUAGAUACUGAGGGAUAUGUCAAGAUAGCUGAUUUUGGUCUCUGUAAAGAAGGUAUGGGUUGGGGUGAUCGUACUGGUACUUUUUGUGGUACUCCAGAAUUCCUUGCCCCUGAAGUGUUAACUGAAACUUCCUAUACCCGAGCAGUUGAUUGGUGGGGCCUUGGCGUUUUAAUAUUUGAAAUGUUAGUUGGUGAAUCACCUUUUCCUGGUGAAGAUGAAGGUGAAGUGUUUGAUUCGAUUGUUAAUGACGAAGUUCGUUACCCUAGAACCUUAUCUUUAGAAGCUAUCGCACUCAUGCGUCGCUUACUGAGGAAAAAUCCAGAAAGACGCUUAGGAUCAUCAGAGAGGGAUGCUGAAGAUGUUAAGAAACAGGCUUUCUUCCGAAAUGUUAACUGGGAGCAACUACUAUUGCGUAAGGUUAAGCCACCAUUUGUGCCAACAAUAAAUAACUUAGAGGAUGUCAGCAACUUUGACAGUGAAUUCACAUCUGAGGCAGCGGUGCUGACACCACCCAAAGAACCACGACCGCUUUCUGCCACAGAUCACAAGUUGUUCCAUGACUUUACUUAUAUGGCAGAUUGGUGCUAGUUUAUAGAUUGUUUCAACCAAUUUAAACUUAGAUUAUAAUUUCUGAUAUUUAAAUAGACAACUAGAGAAACCCCAUUGCCUUACAAAGUGUGUGAAGAUUUCUGUAUUUUGAUAAUAACACUGUUAUCUAUACAAAGAGUUUCUAGUAAUACAGAUCCUCUUGUUAACUUGUAUUUAAUGCAGUUAAAUGCAAUAUUUUAUAAUAAGCUGUAUAAUUUAAUGUUCUUAAAUAGUGCUAAUGUUUAUUUUUUUAAAAUGACGUGUUAUAGAUUUAUAUAUUGUGUAGUUAUGAAAUUAACUUAGAUACUAAUAAUAAUUUUAAGUGAAGGCGUGUCAAAUCAUAUUACGUUUUCAGUCAAUUGUAUUCAGUAAAAAUAAAGGUAUCACCAACAUACAA